AUGCAGAUUACAAAAUUCCUCUACCUUCUGCCUCUCUUCAUCGGUUUAAUCACAGCAUCACCAGCACCAGACUCAGGUUCAGUAACCUUCCCCGGUGCAUCUUCAGACGACUUUUACGACGAUGGCCCCUCAUCUCGCCACUUGUUUGGUCGGAGAAAGAAGAAGAGACCGCAUUACAAUCACGGCUUGGGAGGUCAUGGCUGUCGGGGUCACGGCUGCGACGGAGGCUACGGGUGGCAGCAGCCGGGACACGGGGGUUAUUACCCGCAAAAUCAGGCUGGUGGCAGUUCCUUCGCCACGGCAUCCGCAGGAUCCGUAGGACCACUCGGGCCUCAUGGAGCGUCGAGUCAGGCCAAUGCCCAGAGUGCAAGUUUCAACUUUGGGCCUUAUUCGGCGACUUUCAGCGUCGCCCAAGCGUCCUCUGGUGGUAAUAGAGGAUAUGGAGGAUCAGAUUAG